UAACACUCUAAUGGGGAAAAGAAGAAAGACAGUGGUCAAGUUCGAUGCUGAAGACAGGAAAGCCUUUUUGACUGGAUUCAAGAAGAGAAAAGAUGCAAGAAGAAAGAAAGCCCAAGAAGAAAUUAAAGAGCAGGGUAAAUAAGGAAAGAAGAGAAGACAGGGCUCAAAAGAGAGUAGAAAGAGAUCGUAGGCUACAAGAAUACGAAGAUAUUAUGGAGAUUAAGAGACAGCAGAAGUUAAAGGACCAGAUGGAAAUUAAGUUGGUAGAAGCCACUAGGAAGAAGAAGGAGCAGAGGGAUCUGGUAUUGGAACAGCAGGGGGAUAGUUCGGAUACGGAUAGUGAGAUAGUGUUUGCAGAUGAGAAGAAGGAUGAGGAAGUGCAGGAGUUGAAGGAUGAGGGAGACAAGAAGGAGAAAAAGAAGAAGAAUGAGAGUAAGAAGAAGCAGGAGAAUGGGAAUAAGGAGGAUAGUGAAUCAGAUGAUGAGAAAGAGGUCGAGUGAAGUUCAGAAACUAGUUCUGUUGAUUCUUUCUUUGAACCCCCAAAACCUCACAAAGGACCACCAUUCUCUCCAGUGAGGAGCUUCUCUCACAAGCUGAAAUCUAUUUUAAAAAGAAGAUAA